CAUGGAUCAAUUUUGACUUUAUUUCCAUAAUGGGUUGGCCUCUUUCAAGUUAUCAAAACGUCGAAUGAAUAAAGUUAAGCUUAUCUGUUUGUUUAGGCUACUGUUGCAAGUCUUAGUCAUAUUGUCCAGUCAUAAACCAUGGACCCCAAGGCAACCAAACCUCAUACCAAAAGAGUGGGCCAAGACCAUGAGAACUUGCCAACCCGUCGUCCAAAUCGUCUGUUUCUCAGCGAAACGAUUCCACCAGCUACUCAUCAGCCUCAGUUGAGCCAAAACCGAACCCAUAAUUUGUCUGACAGAAUACAUGAGUAUUAUGAAAAUCUUGUCAAGAACUCUCCUUUGGCCAAAACUUACCCCUCAAGAGAAAGUCCUCAAUUCUUGCCAAGCAAUGUGCAAGACCGAUUUGAAGACCCCUACCUAGUUGAUCGAAGUGCUGUUACUGUACCGAGGUAUGGAGAACAGCCACAUACCUCCAUUCGCUCAGCUUUGCAGCCUUCCAACAGCAACGCAAGGCAGCCAUUUACAGUUUAUGUUGAAGAUACUGCGGGAGCUUUUCAGCGAUAUUCCAAACGAAAACCAUUGACAAACCUGGCUAGAUCUGCCUACCUCGAUGCCAAUGAAGCUUCGAUGGAUGUAAAUGCUGCAGACCCUGCUCAUAGCAGAGCCACCAGAGAGAGGAGCAAAUCUCCAGUGAUGAAUCGAACGCAGUGUGUACUCUGCCACAGUUCCAAUCAUUCAUCACAAAAUUGUACCUUGCAGAGUAGAAUGCCAGCCGAACAUGAUGGAUUUUUCUCAAGCGCUGCUGAGAUCGGACCCAGUUUUAGACAUUUAAAAGGAAGUGAAGAUAACCAAGGUGAUGGAUCUGAGGACCAGAAGAAGGCAACUUCUGCAGCAUUCCCUAAAAAACGGUCUGUCCCAGCUAACAUUAAUGUUAGGUGUGAGAGGGACGUCAUAGGGCAGGAGAAAUCGCCUGUUUCAAAGUCACAUCCGGGAAGUUCAGGAGCCUUGAGUACUUCAAGUAGCAAUGGUGACACAGCACCUCGGGAGAGGAAGAAGUGGGUUAGGCCCCCUCUUGUUGGCCAAGCUGCAUCUUCUGCCGACAAACCUCCAUUCAUCAACUUUGACUGUUUGGACGAUCAUAGCCGUUCUUUAGAGAAAAGAAGACCCAAUGACGAUAGUCUGCAGUUGUCCAGCAGCACUGGCUCAGAGCAGAUUGACUCAAGAGACACUGCUAGGGGAUUUUCUCAUCCUAAAAGUUCAUAUUUUGAUUCAAGCAAUGUUGCAAGUGGCGUGCCUCAUAGUAAUGAUGACUACUUUGAACCAGCCGACCAUGAUGCUUCGUCUGCUACAUGCCAUCAGCUUACCUCUGAGGGAGAACAAGGCUUAUCUGACAGUUGUGCUGGAGGGCGUGUUUCUCCUUCAUCUAGUGUGACAUCCAGUCGACGGUUAGAGUGGGACAGUGGAGCUGAUGUGGGUUACAACCAAAUGUAUGGCUCUCCCAAUCCAGGUGCCUCAACUUCUGGCCUCUGCACCAUUGAAAGAAUGGCAUUAGCGCAAGGCUGUUCCGUCGCUUUGCAUUUAAGACUUGAUCCUGAGGGUACCACAGUUCCUGCUUCCCCUGGCAUUGCUCCCCCCAUGCCUCCUUCGUCAGUGCAAGAGAAACCAACACCAAGUGCAGUAGGCAAGCCAACAGCUGAGUCUACGCCUCUCGGUCAAGCUCCAUCCAUAGCUAAAGCACUUCGCAAACAUGUCAAUGACCCAAAAAGUGUAAUCUCGCCUAUCUUUUACACCCACCAAAAAGAUGGUACAGAAACACGGAGUUUGAGUGGACCACUACAAGAGGAGCAGGAAGAGGAAGAAGCUGUGGUUCAUCCAAUUUUACCAAAGUCCAAGAGCCCAGAUGUCCAGGAAUAUUCUUCAGCCUCCACCAUUCCUUUCCAUAGACAACUGAGCAAUUCUAUGCAAGAUCUAAGAAAGUGCAUCAGUAAGCGGUCUGAAAAUCAGUUAUUAAAAAGCCAAAGUGAUCCAGACCUGUCUGGGGACAGCCCAAUAGCUGUGUCUAAGUCACGCAGGUCUAAACUUUUCAAAGAAAUGCCAAAGGGUCGAAGCUAUGCAGAAAGCAAUGUAGCUGCUCACUCUAUUUCGUCUGGAUCUGAUGCUACGUUAGUUCAUGUAGGAACUGAAGAGGACCUGGCAACUGAUGGGAGGGAGGAAAAUGAUUCUGUAGAGCAUCCUCAACAAGGCCAAGACGAGUUAACUCUAACUUGUGAGACUCAUGAUCCAAACUCUGUGUCAUUGGCCGUCAGUGAGUCAGGAAAAGUAUUUGCUCCAGCUGAACCACAAGAUUCAAAUCAGUCAUCAAGGAUGGGUGGUGCUCCGCAGCAAGAUGUGGCAAAGAAAGGAAACGUUCCACCUCAUCCAGUGGAGACCAAGCCAAGCAGUAGUAAUUCACAUGUUUGCAGUGACACGGAUCACAAGCGUGGAUUGCAUCAUCACUUUGGAGUUUUGUGCUCAACAGUCUUAGGUGGUCACAUUCAAUCUAGUGGACAGCCGAAUGAAGGGUCUCAACCUCAAAAUAUUGUCCAUGGGUCUGAUAGAGUGUUUUCUACCAAUAGCAACCAGACCCAACUUCAGACCAAGGAGUCAACUCAAGACUCUGAGAACCCGAUAGUUGAAAGUACAGGAAGCAGUGCCUUCCAUUCAGAUGCUCACCAUGAUGAAAGUGUUCCCAGAGGUAGCACACUAACUGGAAGAGCAAAUAGUUUUGAAUAUUUACCAGGUCAUGCAUACGAAAAUAAUUCUGUCUCAGGUCUUAGAAAACAUGAAAGACCUCCUGGAAUAUCUACCUCAACAGAAACUGAUUCAGAACCUGUCAGGCCUAUCAGUAGGGUAAUGCACAGGAAGGUUGUGGACUCAAGCAGCCAUGAUACAGAAGAUGAUCGUCUUUGGGGUUCCCCCAGAACAGGAUCGAACACCUUAGUUCAGGACUUGGAGAGAGGAGUAAAUUUGCUGAAGGGAGUCAUGGAAAAUAAGUCAGCGGGCCGUCGAUGUAAACGUGAACUCAUACGGAGGAUAAUUAAGAAACUGGUAACUUCAGAAUAUGUUGAGGAUAUUAUUGAGAAAGAAAGAGCCAGUCAUGCAGCUCGCCCCCCUUUUUCUCCCAGGAGAACCAAAUAUCAUGAAAGGCAAGACAGAAAUCUCAGGGCUAAGAGAACUGUGGGAUCAGAGAGACAAGAGAUUUCUGGGGAAUCUGAUGAGCCCAAGCAGCAAGCUGCAAGAGUCCACAAUGUUCGACGUAAAUUACCAACACAUCAACCUGUUCAUCACCCUCAAGCCCCAAGGACUUUGAGCACUUUAGCCAGUGGAAGUAAGUCAUCCAGUUUGUGGAGCUCUCAUGGGGACAGCACAAGUGGCAGUAUUUCAUUGAGUGGAUCUUCAGACAAUCAGAAGCAGUCCAAAAUAAGUGUGAAACCCAACCCCCUGUUUGAAUUAAAUCAAGAAAAAGCUGCAGAUUGGUUAAAGCCAACCACCCAAUCAGAAAAACUUUUUGAAAUGAGAAAGAAAGGUACUUCUCAUGCUGAAAAGCACUUAGCUGGUCUGAUAGGAACACAUCCUCCCGAACAUGCUCUGGAUCCCAUGCUGCUGAAGGAUGAUCCCCAAAAACAGCUGUCCUGGGUCACUAAUGAAAUCAACCACCUCAAAAUCCUAAAGCAGUUGCUACAGAAACAAGAAUUUCUUAAACAAAGUCUGAAUCCAAAUUUAUGCCAAACUAAUUUCACCACUAUGCCUUUAACUGGGAUAAAGCAAACUAUGCAAAUGGCUGACUGCACUUCGCCUGAUAUUCCUGAGGCUCGUUCUCCAGCCCUGAAACCUUCCAGACUCCAGCAGUGGAUAUCCUUGGAGAGUGAUACCAGUGCUGGUUUUGGCUUGUCAAACAACACUGGAAGUUCUCACGAUUCCCACUGGCAAGAAGUUGAAGUAGCCAGUGCAGGAGAGCAGGAUGGUCAUCCCCAUAGGACCGUCAGUAUCAGUGAUGCUGAUCAGAUAACAGAUGCUUCAUGCUCUUUAUCUAACAGAAAAUCAGAUCACAGCUCUGGCCCUCAUAUUGCCCCGAAGUCGAGGCGGCGGUCCGUUAGUAUCAGUGAUACAGAUCAGCAGUUGGGACCACCUUCUACUUCAGAUGCACCAAUCCAGAAGAAGCGCUCUGAUUGUCACUGUGGAAGACCCGAUGGAAGAACUUUUAGCACACGAUCUCCACAGGUUGGAACUUAUGGGCCUCCACCUAGAAACUUGGCCUCUGAUGCAUCUUCAAAGCAGGUCUGUGAAAACUGUGCGUCUCAUAACCACCUCAAUGUGAGAAAUGCCCCACCUUCUGGUGGAGGGCUUAGAAGUGCAUUGGUUAAUCGACCUGGUGGCUCAUUGGGGCUUCCACGCUUUGACAGUCUGAGCCCCACUAAGGCAGAAGAUAGAAAUCAGACGGUCCAGUCAUGCUCAUGUGGUUCUUCCAAAACCCAAGCCCGGAAUUGUUGUUGUUCCAAAGAACAGCCGCCUGGAGACAAGCCCCAAAAUGCUGGACCUUUGAAUAAGGGUACUGCUGGUUCAUCCCACCAGUUAGUUUCUCGAGUGGUGGCCGAGAUUCCUUCAGGUUCCACACAGCCACUGUCGGGUGGUGGACUGGUCCGAGUUCAUAUUGAAUCUGACCAGGACGUUGAUUCUACUCAUGAAUCGCUGAGGAGCUCAGUUGUAAGGGAUAGAGUGCACAUAGCCGAUGUAUCAGAGUUACGCGGGGUUCCUAUGCUGAGACAACCCAGCGAUGAUAGCAUAACCAAGGCGGUCUCUAAGGCUGUUUCUUCCAAAGUUAAAGAGCUCCGUAAUUUGGGUCAGAUAGAAGAAGCAGAGGUCAAGAUUCGUGUCAAAGUAGCUCCAGGCCAAUCAGAUCAUGUGCCUUCUUAUCCUGAAAGAGGGAGAGUAUUGAAAACUCAAGACCUAGAUGAUGAAAGUCCUUUCCACACCUCAAAGCACAGUGAGCUGGAUGAUAUGAUUGCCCGGCAGAGAGCAAUGGAUUACGAGACUCGUCAGAAGCUUCUGUCCAUUGCGGAAAGCAGGCAGCGAGCUCAAAUGGGACUGCAUGAUGUGGAUAGGAGAAUACAAGAUCUCCUUUUACAAGAUUACCUCAGCCGUCAAUUUAAGACACCUGAUACUGCAAGCACCCCUCAAACUAGAUUGAAUGUUCGUGUGGAAGCUCCAGUUUCAUUGGGCAGCUCGAUUGGAGUGCAAAGUGAGGUGGAUAAGAAAACAAUAGGAACUUCAACUGCAGAUCAGAAAACCCCUCAACAAAGAGAUGCUCAGUCAUAUACUGGCCCCUUUCCUCAAGCUCAACAGGCAGUCCCUCCUGCCUCAAGCUCUCGAGGAGGCUGCAUUUGUGGUGCGUCGCCUGCUAGGCAAGCUCCAUCGUUUGUGUAUCAAAACCAACAAUCUGAGAUUCCAACUCGGCCUCAAACUGCGCCUGCCUCUCGUUCAUGCUGUUGUGGCUCACAACCUACCAGCACCCCAAGAACAUAUCGUGCAUCUCCCCCAUUUUCGUCUUUGGAUAGACAGGUGGAGUUUGAACUUGAUCUACGGAAACCAAUGCCUUGCAAAAUGACUCCUUAUGACGUGCAUGAAGUGUUGAAAAGUAGAAACACUGCCUAUUUCCUGCAGUUUGAAGAGGAUCCCUCAACACAAAUGUACCCUGAGAAAAAAGAAGCUAAACCUCCUAUGGAAGUGGUGACAGUGAAAAUACCAAUGCAUAAGCCACGUGGAGUUAAACCAACUUUGUCCUCACAAGAAAGAAAGAAAAGCAAGUAUGCUGGGAGUGGUCAAUCCCCAGCAGGUUCCUCUCAGUCUAACCAGAGGGGUAGCCGAGGCCUUUUGUCAGGAUCUGAGUCCCCAACUGAUGCUGCAAAUCUGUUGAGGUCUGCCCCAGGUCGAAGCCAUUUGUCCAUCACUGUAACAGACUCCUCUGUAGACAGUGUGUUUUCACCUGAUGGUGAUUCAAGGUACUCUUCCUUUCAACAUCCAUCCAGAAAAGUUCACAGGGCUCCCCGAUCCAACAAGAGAAAAGAGAAAGUUGUAACUGAUAGCAAAGACACAGGGGAUAUAAGUCAAACCCUUGUGUUCAGGACUAAUGAAAGUAAAACUCCCAGCAGCAAUGUGUCUGUACCCACUUUGGAACAACAAAAGAAUAACAAUAACCAAUCAGCCAAUGAAAGUGAAUCUGUCUUUGAUAUUCAUGAUGAAGGCGACAAUGAAAACGGUGUGCCAACAUUACAGGAAUAUUUGGAGAAAAAUCACCCUAAGUAUCUUGAUGCAGCUGAAAAGAGAAGACGGUGUAUUGCUGAAAUGUCUUAUUUAAGACGUUUGCGGCAGCAGAGCCGUAAACGUUUGAUGGAACUGGAAGGUGACAAAAUGUGUGCUAGACAAAAGCAACAAUGGAGAAUGCGCUGUGCGUCUCGAGCCAGGCCAACUGCCAUGAGAAAAAAGUCCAUUCCCAAAGUAAGCAAAUCAGCUUGUGCCAGGAGGUACAUGCUCCUCCCAGAAAGUCAGCAGCGUAUGGCUGAGUUGAGAAAGAAAGAAGAGAAGAGGACCAAUCGCCUCAUGGCUGAAAUAUACACCAGAAAGCUUCAGGAGAAAGUUCUGAAAGGAUCAGCAACAAUACGCAGUAGUGUAAGCGUUAUUUCCAGUUUGUAACAAAAUUCUGUUG